AUGGAGGCACAGGCAACUAAAACAGUGCAGCUCAAGGAGAAGACAAGUAGCCAUAAUAGGAAGGAAAGUAUGUGGAAAAAGGUGUGGGGAACAAAUGUCAAGCACAAACUAAAGCAUUUUAUUUGGAGAUGUCUACAUAACUGUCUUCCAGUCAAUAACUUGGCGCACGGCAGAAAAGGAAAGUGGAACAACAUAUGCAAAAGCUGUGGAGAUGGGAUUGAAACUAUUGAGCAUCUGUUCUUUGAUUGUGAAUAUGCAAAGAAGAUCUGGAAACUCAGUCCAAUCAAUUGGGAUGGAUUAAUAGAUCUGCAGGCUUGCUUUUGGAGAUGGAGGGAAGGACUCUUAGAAGCAACUCAAAGAGUCAAUGGCAAGGAGCAUAUAGCAUUAACAAUUAAUCUCCUCUGGCAAAUAUGGAAGGCAAGGAACCAGAUUGCUUUCAAUAACGUAAAAGGGGAGGAAAUUUCAGGGGUAAGGAAAGCUCAACGAGAAUGGAUGGAAUUCAAGGAAGCUGUGGAACUAGAAAAUAGAGCUGGCAUUGAUGAAGCGACUCCAAAUCAGUAUGAUAGAUGA